GCAAACAAAAUGGCGGACGUGUUCGAUGGAGUGCAAGCGAGCUUUGAUAAAACAGAGAUGAAGGGUUCUGCUAUGGAAAGUAAACCAUAUCCAACACAACCAGAAAACCCAUAUGGCCAGUACAGUCCCACAUACCACCAGCCGGAUUACAGUCAGUUUGACCUGGUCAGGGCCACACAGUAUGGCAUCUUUGAUAGGUGUCUUGAACUGGUUGACAAAGAGGGUGUGGAUGUAAACACACUAGACAAAGAAAAUGUCUCUGCAUUACACUGGGCAGCAAUCAACAACAGAAUACGAAUUGCUGAGUAUUUUGUUUCAAAGGGAGCUGUUGUGGACCAGAAAGGUGGUAUUUUAAAUGCAACACCACUUCACUGGGCUGUAAGGCAAGGCCACCUUGAAAUGAUUGUUUUUCUUAUGAAACAUGGAGCAGACCCAUCAUCACUUGACAUUGAAGGUUGCAGUUGUUUACAUGUUGCUGUACAACACAGUCAGAUGGGAGCUGUUGCAUAUUUAAUUUCUAAAGGAAUGGAUGUUGACCAGCUUGAUAGAAAUGGAAUGUCUCCUCUCAUGUGGGCAGCUUACAGAUGUUUUGGAUUGGAACUUACAAGAAUGCUCUUAACAAUGAAUGCAUCAGUGCCAUUGGCAGACAAAUUUCAUAAAAACACAGCUUUGCAUUGGGCAGUGAUGUCAAAUAACCACAAUGUCAUAAGAAUUCUUCUGAAAGCUGGUGCUAGUAUGGACGCAUUGAAUGCUGAGGGCCAGUCUGCAUAUGACUUAGCAACACAAAAGAAAAGCAAAUGGAUAGUGGUGCAAAUGGAUUUGUUAGCAAGAGAUAAGGGAGAAGGAAAACCAGCAUUUUUACAAUCCUUGACAAAGGACAAGACUGUUCUGCGUUAUGUUCAGAUUGGUCUGCCGUUCUUUGUGAUAUUUGCAAUUGGUGCAAUUUUAGAGUAUUCAGCUUCGUCGCUCAUGUCUCUUCCUCUUAUGGUUGCUGUAGGAAUAAUAGCAUACUAUACAAUGCAAUGGUUCACAUUAAUCUAUUCUUCGGGUAGUCUUGUCGUGUUCGGCUGGACACUUGCCACCAAAGCUUAUCUUUACUACAACAUUCUUACAGUUUAUUUGAAUUAUGUAAAUACUCCGUUCAUUCUAGCAUCUUUCUUUGUCAACACUGUUGGCCUGUAUUACUGUUUCUACAAGGCGUGGAAAACAGAUCCAGGUUACCUUCAUGCUACAUCAGCUGAACAACGCAAGACCAUUAUAGAACUCGUAGAAAAGAACUCGUUUGACUUCACAAAAUUCUGUUCAACUUGUCUUUUACGGAAACCUAUCCGAUCAAAACAUUGUUCUGUUUGUGAUCGAUGUGUAGCAAAGUUUGAUCAUCACUGUCCCUGGGUGGAGAAUUGUGUGGGUGUUGGAAACCAUCUGUACUUCUUUUGGUACCUGUUUUUCCUGUUUGGUAUGAUUCUCUGGUAUAUCUAUGGAGGUGUCGUCUAUUACGUCAUGGCCUGCGGUCCCUACCCUGAAGGGGUCUGGAAUGCCAUCACUCACAGCUUACGCUGUGCACCUUGGAUCACGUGGGGUUUUGCCAACGCCCUGUUUCACGUGAUGUGGGUCGGCGCUUUAUUUUUUUGUCAAUGUUAUCAGAUCUUCUGGUUGGGAAUGACAACCAAUGAACGUUUGAAUAUGUCCAGAUAUCCACACUUUACAGAUAACAAUGGAAUCCAAAUGACGCCGUUCAGCCGUAGUCUCCUCGGAAACAUCGCUGACUUUAUGAACAUGAGCCUUUGCGGCCUGGUUCGACCCUUCCAAGUGGACUGGUACCGACAAUACGAUUCCAACCUGGCGAGAACGCAGAAGACUGUGUGACACUCGUGUAUUUAACUGCAGUUGCGUGGCGAGCUAGUUAUAGCUACGAAAGAGAUAAUUGUAACCUCGACGAGAGCUGACCAGUCUGCGGAAAGUGGCCGAGCCUUGGGACUCUCUCAAGUAAAAUUGCUCAGUGGCAUGCUGUAUCCAUAGCAACUGGCUGACGCGACAAUUAUAGGAAAGCACGUGCUCCUUUUUGAUUGACGACCUGCAUCAUGUCUCUUAGCACGGACACGGACUACGAAACAAAUCCCGCGGGCUCUUUCGUGUUUAGCAAAUGGUGUGAGCUGGCCUCAGUGAAAAACAGUAACAAUACGACGUAAAUAACUUGGACAGUGUAAGGCUGUAAGAAGUUCUCUCGCUCCAAGCUUGUAUAGCUUGUAAGUUGUUUUUUCCGGCUUGUAAAUAGCAAUGAUUUAAUUAGUAACUGCGUUAGAUUAAACUUCAGGUAGCUUUUUUUUUUCAUUAACAUAGUUAAUAGUUGUGAAUGUUUAUGAAUUAACAAAUUGACGUCAGUUUUUCAUGCGUCUGUCCUGUUAUUGAUCAUGAAUUUCGUCAUUACAUUGU